AUGGUGAGGAAGCCUAAAACAGCAUCCUUACGGGAGUCCCAGUCUCCAAUGGACGAAGACCAGGAGCGAGCCCACCGAGCCUGUGAAAAAUGCACGCGGACCAAGAAGAAGUGUGACAAGGCCCUGCCAUCUUGUUCGCGAUGCGUGAGGCUAGCUGCGACUUGCUGCUACGACUAUGUCUUCACGGCACCUACUACUACAGUUGUAGACCCUUCAGCAUAUGGAGCCUCGCUGAGUCCUAAGGACCAUGCCGUUUCAAGGAAUCCCAUCUUCGAACCAGAGCUGGAUACACCGCCCGCUUUGAUAAUGGGAUUGCUGACCUCGAAGAACAUUAUUUGGCGCGACUCGGUAAAUCUUUACUUCCAGACGACCAACUUAUGGCUCUCGGCCAUUCAUCAGGAUCGUUUUCUCCGCAAGAUCGAGACCCUCGGCCAGAACGACUCGCCUGAGGAUCCAUGCCUUGCCCUUCUUAUCGUCUGCAUGCACCUCGUAACGUCAUAUGCCGAUGCCGGGAACCAGGUCAUGCCUGACGGCACAGAGAUGCUCGUCCUACCCACCUAUAUUAUCGCAAAACGGCUGCUCAGUAUGUUGCGGGCACAAGUCGCCCCAAGCAUGGAGUUGAUCCAGUGCGCCGCUCUUUUGUGUCUCUAUGAGUUUGGACAUGGAGAUUUUAUGAAGGCCUAUGUAACUGUGGGUGAUGCAUACACCACUGCAAAGUUCCUCAACAUUCGACCUAUAAAAUACAUCGAAGCGGAAAGAGAUCUCCCUGUAUCACCUGAGGACGAGGAGAGAUGGAACCUCUACUGGGCGCUUCUCAUCGUAGACAGACUCUUGCGCGUUGAGCGCCGCCUAAUGUGGAAACCCUUCCAUGUGUCGUGCCCUGCCGACGACGAUCUGCUGCCUACGACGAACAUUGUGUGGAACAACCAGACGCAAAGCUCAGUCCGGAUUGUGCAGCGCCAUCCUGCCAACAUUUGUGCGAGCGUCACACUCGGAGCAUUUCAACGUAACUGCCAGUGCGCUAUUCUGCUCACCAAGGCACUAACUUGGGAACUGGAGACACAUUGGUCAGGCCGACCGCCAAGUGUCACCUCAUUUGAAGAGCUCGAUAUAGCCACUCGAAACCUCAUCGAGGCAAUGUUAUUGCAGACCCCCACAUGGGGAGAGUAUUUCGAGUGCUUCGCAACCUGCACCUGUUUACUCCUUCUGCUAUACUGUAGCUAUCUUCAAUCAAUCGACGCCUCCAACAUUAACACAGGAUCCUCGAACGUCGAAGUCCUGAAAGCCAUUUCCGGUGUCAACUUCACCAUACGAAUUAUCGCGGAUACCAUCACCGACCUCAACCGAUCCCUUGCGCAGCGCCCCGACCUCCUUGCCACCUGCUCACCCGUCACUCCCUUUUCCGCCUAUCAUAGUCUAGCUGCUCUGAGCAACUUUGAGCACGUCAUUCCGGAUUCAGACUCUAGGUUCCACGAUAUCUACAGCUCAUUACACUUCUUCGCCAAGAGGUGGGGCGUUGCUGGCCAACUCGUGAAACGCAUCGAAUCUUUUCUUGCAACCAAAGACGAGAACGAGAAUGCGGUGCUCGAUUUCACCUUCUCGUCUCUCAACAUAAACUAG